AUGCGUGCAAUCGCCCGCGUCGCAGGAGAUAUCCACGUCCCCAGGCCGCCUGUCGGAAAGGUAAAGAAAAUCUUCGAACCCCCGAGAUGCUACCUCACCAAGGAGAGUAUUCGCGAGAAAUUCAACCCCAAUAUUCCCGCGCGCUUUAAGCGGUUGUUCAAGAACAUUCCCGCGUAUGACAAGUGGUUUGAGGACGUGAGCGGGACGUGGGAUGAAGUUGAGCCCGAACCCGUGGUCAUGAAGAACGGCAAGAUGGUGACGUCGACGCGGAAGAUCAAAGACCACUUGAAGCGCAAACAAGAGGCAGAAUCGCGGGAGGUUAGGUCGUUAAAUAUGGGGUAUCUGAAGCAAUUCGGCGACACAGUCGUGCCGCUAGAGCGCACGACUAUCGACCAGUUUCAGCGACACACGUUUGAGCGCUUCAAUGCGCCGCUGAGCUUGCUGCUCGAGUAUAUGAUGCUCAAGGGCGCGGCCAAGCAGCAGGCGCCCAAAAGUAUGUUGUAUCUUGCGCAGCAACCGCUGGGGGAGUUGCCGCAGCAGCUGCAGGAUGAUUUACCGCAGCCCGAGAUGCUGAAGAUCCUGGGCAAAGGCGACAUCUACGCGUCGAGCUUGUGGAUGGGUGGGAAAGGGAGCAAGACGCCGCUGCAUCGCGAUCCGAAUCCGAAUCUGCUGGUGCACCUUUGCGGGAAGAAGAUAGUGCGGCUUGUGCGGCCGGACAUUGGGAAGGAGAUGUAUGAGAAUGUGAAAGCGAGGUUGGGCAGGGAGGGCGGGUCGGCGAAUAUGAGGGGCGAGGAAAUGAUGCAGGGAGAAGAGAUGGCGGCGCUGGAAACGGAGAUUUGGGGAAGAGAGAAGAAGGGCGAUGAGACUAUUGGCAUUGAAGUCGAGUUGAAGAAGGGCGAUGGAUUGUAUAUUCCACUAGGGUGGUGGCAUGCUGUGAGAAAUACGGCAAAGGGGCCGAAUGUUUCGGUAAGUAGUGCAGUUCUGCUGACUGAAGGGGUGAGUGCUGACAUGUGCUUUUUGCAGGUCAAUUGGUGGUUCCGCUGA